ACAAAAUUCCUUAAUAUUCCGAUUAAUUCCUCUCAAACGAACUCUCGCCCUCUCCUCCUCCAAUGGAUCCCGUCUCCGGUUACGCCGGUCCACGUCAGCCUCGAACCGGAGGCAAGAUUGUUCGACCACGCCGGUCCUCCGUUGUCAGGAAGCCUUACGACCGCCCCGUUCCAAGACCUCAGGAUCUUCCUCAGCAAAACCUUAGCUGGAUCUCCAGACUCGUUUACAAACCUGCCACCGCCAUUGCCUCCGGCGCCGGAAAAUUCAUAUCUUCCGUCGUCUUCUCUGAGUCUUCCUCAUCUUCGUCGGAGGGUGAGGAUUCGUCUUCAGAUUUUGAAGGUGAUGAGGAUGUUGAGAAGAACAUCACCGAGUUUCCUGAGGAUGAAACUAUGGUAGAGGUACUUGGUUCUACUAAGCGUGUAAUUGAGCAGCUUCUAAUGCAAGAAACAUUUGCAAGGGAAGAGGGUGAGAGAUUAAUAGAUAUCAUCAAGGCGAGGGUUGUAGAUCAUCCCAGUGUCCUCGCUUCUAAUGAGGGUAGUGACAAUGGAUUGACAAGUGAGGUGAAUGUGGGUGAAAUGUCAAGUAAAGCUGUCAUGGAAGCGAAAAGAUGGUUAGAGGAGAAGAAAUCAGCAUCACACUCAAAGUCUAAAGCAACAGAAGAAGGUGCUGGAUCGCCUGUGGACGUGGCCAGGUCAUAUAUGCGAUCUCGUCUGCCAUGGGGAUCUCCGUCUGUGAGCAAUUCAGAGUUUCGGUCGCCAUUACCAGCAGGAAUGCAGUUUCUUAAUGAAGGGACACCAUUUCCUUAUAGUGCUGGAAACUUAUCCUCUUCCAAGCUGAAAAGUAGAUCCAGGUCCAAUCCGUCAUGGAAUAUUCAAGAUGAAAUUCGUAAAGUGAGAGCUAAAGCAACAGAGGAAAUGCUCAAAACUGCAUCAUCACCCAGUAGUGUUGCACUAGCAUCGUUGGAGCCUAAACACAUCUCUUAUGUUUUAGAUGCAUCUUUGAAUGUUGAUGGAGCUGUACGGGAUGAGCAAAACGGGGUUCUACCAAAGUCAACCAUACCUACCUCUGAACAAAAUCAGACUACGGAAGCUAAUCAUCAUGCCGUUGAAGAAGCGGGAGUUUUACAUACUAGAUCUCGUGGUGUUGUUUUGGACAUGACAUAUAUCUCCACACAAGGAGUCAAGACAUCUGAAGAUACAACCGCUCCGCAAAGUGGAACCGGUGUACAUGAAGACUUCAUACAACCUAGCUCGACUACUGGAGACACCACAAAUGCUGUCUUGGCUCUUGGAGCAACUUCGAAUCCAACUGGGAACUUUUGUAUCCCAAAAGAUGUGUUUGAAACAUGGAAAGAAGCUGAUGAAGUACAUGUUACUACUAACGGUUUCCCAUCUUCAUCACCUAGUGCACCAAUGGCUGCGGAAGGUGAACCAAAACCCAAACCACCAGAUGAAACCGAGGCUUCUCAGCAUGUAGCUGGAACUCCUGAUGAUGAUGUCACAGUAGGGAAUCGCUCGGACGGCACGAUUGACAACAACGAAAACAAUAACAGCGACUCGAGUGGCGCCUCGCAUGAAGAAGAGUGGCUCCCAGGAGACCAGUCUCUACCUAACUCAAACUCAGCAAGUAGCAGCCCUGGUACUACCAAGGUCCUUGCAUACACGAGAAGAGGAAGGGGGCGAGGUAGGGGAAGAGGUCGAGGAGGAGUUCGAGGCAAAGGACGAGGCAAAUAAACUGUACACAACAACCAAAUGGAGUAGGAGAGUAAUAUGCAGGUAGGAUUAUGUGAAACAUCUCUUAUAGAUUUCAAUCCCACACUGUUUUGUCUACCAAAGUCUUUGUCAUUUUGUCAUAUCUCUUUAGGUUCUUUUUUUGUAGUCAAACUGUGUCUCUGUUUAUUUUAUUUCUGGAUCAUAAACUUUUAUGUUUAUGUUGCAAGAUUGAAACUUGGUUUCAUUCUAGCUGGCAAACCUUUCUAUGUUGCACUAGCACUCGUCUUCAAUCCUAUAAAUUAUCAUUUGUAUAA